AUAAGAGCGAGGACGCGGGGGAUGGCGGCAGACAAUGAGGGUAUUCCGACCCCUCAAUCCCCACUUGAACCCGAGCCGCAGCAGCAUGCUUGCGGGCGCCACCAGCUUGGAGCAGAUCCGCAGCUCCUUCAGCCCCGCCGACUACAUGCUGCUCAUGCAGCACACGGAUGCGGCGAUACAACAGAUCGACUCCUUCUGUGAGCAGGCACGGAGUAUGCAGGGCUGGGGCCUCAGAGACCCGCACAUGGCUCAGGAAGCUCGACUGCUCCUCUCCUCCCUUGAGUCCAGUCACAAGAUCAUCGUCCGCUUGUACAGCCAGGCUGCCGCCUCCUGUGAGACAUCUGAAGCUCCCCUGAGGAAGUGGUGGACCGACUGGUCCUCGCUCUGCUCUCAACCCGCUGCCUCCUUGCUGCAGCGCUACACUUCCAGUCGGAGCAGCAUCCUCACCACAAGGACGCUGCCGACCUUCUACACCAAGGGCAUGACGAUCAUGCUGGGCUGCCUCCGCAAGAACGGCCUGAGGGUGACGGAGGAGGUGCACCUGGUGCGUGACAGCGAGCAGCAUGACCAUGAGCCCUGCCUGGGCUUCACCUACCUGAUGACUGCAGGAGACCAGCGCACGGCCCAGCUCUACGACGAGGUGAUGAAGCUGCGGCGGAAGCAGGGAGCCGUCAAAAGCCUGUUCCACAGCGCAGAGUACAGCGCGGAGCUUGACGAUUACAUCGCCACGCAGAAGCGCAUCUCGCGCUAUGCCAGCAGCACGGUCGACAUGGCCCAGCCCUACAUGCAACAGCUCAGGCAAGACAUGAGACACAAUCAGGAGCUGUGGGGCGACCGAUGGAACCUUGACCGCGGCUUCUGCCUUGCGUUUAUCAAAUUCGACGACGACGAGACCCUCCAGCGCUAUGCUCAGGCCAUCGACAUGCUGCGCAAGACCGACAGGCUCCCCGUCAACGCUGUCGCCUUGAUCGCCUCCAUCCUCAUCCCUCACUAUGACUGUGACAAGGUCAAGGCAGUGACAUGUUUACUGGUAGAGUAA